AAAGCUGACAUUAACACGAAUAAGACGGAAACCGCUCUGUAGCACGUUAACAGCAACUGUAGCUAGUAACCGUUAUGAAGUAAAAUACCACGAGACGAGAAUUAAAUCUAAAAACAAAACGAUUACUUUAAUAUCCAUUAGCUUCAUAGCUAAUGACCCGGUUAACAACUCACAUGCGGCACAUGUACUACUGUCUAGGCUAGCAGUUAGCUAGCCAGCUAGCAGCUCCGUUUGUUCACUACUCCCCGCUAAAAAAAAUCACCUUUAUCAAAAAACACUCACCUGUGUCAUAUGGUCACAGAACGAUACACUUGAAUGUCUUGUACUGGAAGUGUUUAAACGUCCGAUUAUGUAUCCUUCGGUGAUUUUUUAAAUGAACAAUUUGGGCCCUCUAGCUCACAUUCAUGGGUGUGCUAAUUUCUCGACCCGGAAAAGAUCGUGAGAGCUUUUCGACACGCGCUUGUGCAGAACGCGUUCGGUUCAGUCACAUGACCAGAGGCCAGCUGAUCAUCACGGAGUCUGUCAAGAUCACGAACAUCAGCUCGAUCAAGGCUUCUAAACCUGCACGGAAAAUAACGUGUUUUCUGUGUUAAGUAUAUAGUUUAAUACAAUAUAAUACAAGCUAACGUUUGAGUGUUAAUAUUAGGAAAAGGAAAUAAACAGAAGACCGCAAUCAUCGACCAAAGGACGAGAAGAUGUCUGGAAAAGAGAGGAUUGACGUGUUCCCCUCCAGAAUGGCUCAGACCAUCAUGAAGGCUCGGCUCAAAGGGGCGCAGACCGGCCGCAACCUGCUUAAGAAGAAAUCUGACGCCCUCUCCAUGCGCUUCCGUCAGAUCCUCCGCAAAAUUAUUGAAACUAAGACUAAGAUGGGAGAGGUGAUGAGAGAGGCGGCCUUCUCUUUGGCUGAAGCCAAAUUUACAGCUGGAGACUUUACCACAACUGUAAUCCAGAAUGUCAACAAAGCCCAAGUGAAGGUCCGAGCCAAGAAAGACAAUGUGGCAGGUGUCACCCUUCCAGUUUUUGAACACUACCAAGAAGGCGGGGACAGUUAUGAGCUGACUGGUCUGGCCAGAGGAGGAGAGCAGCUCUCCAGGUUGAAGAGGAACUACGCCAGAGCUGUUGAGCUGCUGGUGGAGUUGGCCUCCUUACAGACAUCUUUUGUCACGCUGGAUGAAGCCAUAAAGAUUACCAACCGCCGUGUCAACGCUAUUGAGCAUGUGAUUAUUCCCCGCAUUGAUCGCACCCUCACCUACAUCAUCACAGAACUGGAUGAGAGAGAACGAGAGGAGUUCUACAGGCUGAAGAAGAUUCAAGAGAAGAAGAAACAGCUCAGGGAAAGAACAGAGCUGGAGAUUGCCGAGCGUCUGGCUAAACUGGGUCCCAUCGCAGAGCCCACCAACAUGCUGAUGGAGGAGAGGGAUGAAGACAUGCUGUUCGAGUGAAGCGCUCUCAUGGCAGACGAGUCACUGACUUCCCCCCCAACAUCCUAUUUAUUCUGUGCCUCUCAGGCCAUGUCUAUGUCCUCUCAUGCAAAUGAUGAAAGUUGUUUUUUUGUGUCUGUGAUGAUUUGUUCUAUUGUUUCAGGGCUGGAUGAUCCUGUGUGUUUCCAGAUGUUGUCACUGUACAGAACAAAAGUGUCGUCGCACUUUGCUGUUUACCUACAAGGGAGAGACUAUUAUAAAAUGAUCUAAACAAUAAGAAUAUAAGUAUGUUUACACAUGGUUUGCGAGUCAAAUUAAAGAAGCAUUCCGUGUGACUGAUCAACUUGUAGAUAUUUUAGGUUCCUCACAACAUUAAGAGCCAUUGCAUGCUGUAAAGUUUAAGGUGGUUGUAGAUUUCAAAGUGUGUGCGAGUCUGUGUUGUGGAGGUUGUUGUUACCUCAUUUGAGGACGUUUACCAUUGCCCAGGAAACCCUAAAGUGACCCUGCUGUAAAAUGUAGUGUGCAAGUAAACGCCCCACACUUCAUCCAAAUAAAGAUGGUAUCAGCAUCCAC